UCCAAUAUUUUUUAAUAAAAUUGUAAAUGAGAAAAAAAUAUUUAUCUAUCUUCACCUUACUCAGUACUGAGUUCUUUAAUAUUUCCAUAAAAAAUGAGGUGUUUGUCGUCAAAAAUCAAAGUUCUGAGAGCUAAUUACAAGAAUAUUUUUAAGAAUGCGAUACGUCUCCAUUCAGGUUGCAGAGACCCUGGUGGGGCUGGUUCGAUCCGAGAAGCUGGUGGUGCGUUCAGAGAUAUGGGGAUAGCAAAAGAAUCCCAAUAUUUUUAUAAAAAAGAGAAAGAGCUUCUAAAGAAAAUUAAAGAAAGUAUGAAGGACCAGAAGGAGUUUCAUGAGGAACAGAUUGCUUUGCAUAAGUCUGCUAUAGAAAAGAUUGAGAGUAAACAAAGGUCUAUGGAUUGAAUACUGGUCUACUACUCACUACUUAGAUUGCGAAUAUGUUCUAAACUAUUGAAAUACAUUUUAAUAGACCUAGGUACAUAAUGAUUUUCAAUAACA